UGGCUCCCCGCCGGAAGUGCCCCUGGGAAGCGUCGCUUAGCAACCGCGUGGGUAGCGGCGAUGCCGGUGUGGCUUCGCGACUUCCGCUGGGUGCAGACGCCCGAGGCGCUCUUCGUGACUGUGCCCCUGCCGCCCUCCCGCCGCCGCCGCCGCCCGGACGUCCUCUGCUCCGAGCGAUACCUCAAGGUGAACGCCCCUCCCUUCCUCUUCGAAGCCGUUCUCUUCGCCGCCGUUGACGAUGCCCGCAGCAGCGCCAGGGUCGAGGAGGGCGCCAUCUUCUUCACGCUCCACAAGAAGGAGGCCCUCAUGUGGGAGACCCUCGUGGCGGAGGACGGGGACAAAGAGGCCCUGCAGCAGAUCCGAGAGGCGGCUGUGCGUCAAGCCCAAGAGGAUGCCAAGGCAGAGGUGGAAGCCAAAGCGGCUCAGAGGCGAGAGCGGGGCAGAUUUGCUCUGGAUGCCACGAUCAAGCUAGAAGAAGCAGAAAGGAAAAGAACAGAGGAUUGCAAAGAGGAGGAAAGGAAGAAAGCCACUGAGGAGAUUGAGAAAUGGAAAGAGCAGAAUGAGAGACAAAGGAAGAUCCAAGAAGAGCACCGGGUGCAUCACGAAAAGAGAAAACCACCUCAACAAAACAAGCAAGAGAAUUAUUCAAAUGGAAGACAGUCCCGGGCAGGUGGACCCUCUGGAAAUAUGUUUUCAGAGAAGCUGAAGGAAGAAGGAAUCCCUGCUCCUCGUCCUGCCAGCAGCAUCGAAGUAACCUUCACCCCUCGGAACUUUCCUACUGCGCUCAGAGAAUCCAGGAUCCCAGAAGAGGAAGAGUGGUUGUAUAAGCAAGCAGAGGCUCGCCGGCUGAUAAAUGCAGAUGCUGCUGAGAUAGAAGAUUUAAAAGAAGAGGAGAAGAACCCAGAUUGGUUGAAAGACAAGGGAAAUAAAAUGUUUGAAACAGGCAACUACCUUGCUGCUGUCAACGCCUAUAACUUGGCAAUUCGUAUCAAUAAUAAGAUCCCAGCAUUAUACUUGAAUAGAGCUGUCUGCCACCUUCGGCUAAGAAAUCUACACAAGGCAAUUGAAGAUACAUCCAAGGCCCUGGAUUUAUUGACUCCCGCUGUUCCUGACAAUGCAAGAGCUCGAGUGAAGGCUCAUGUGAGGCGUGGGACAGCGUUCUGUGAGCUGGAAUUGUACGCUGAAGGCCUUCAAGAUUACUUAUCUGCACUCAAGAUUGAACCUUCAAACAAGAACCUGGAAGAAGAUGCUGAAAACAUCCGACGCAUAAUUCAAGGAAAUGAAUGAUUCUGGGGGAGAGGUGGCUUUUUUGGUGAUCAUCUCCAAGGCAGAGGCAGCAUCAGGCCUGGACUGGUAAUGUUACCGACAUCCUUGGGAGCCCCUCUGCUGCCCUUUUGGAUAAGUGGUCAAAUAGUUCUCCGUCACUUCAGCAUAGCACUAAUAAGUAGAGGGAGAUUUGUUUUUUAUGUGUUUUUUGCUUCUUUGUAUAAAAUACUUCCUUAAACUUAAAAGGACACUUCCCCCUAAUUUAACAUUUUGCUCAAUAAACUCCUGUAUUAGAGAAACUCCUGUGUUAAGCUUGAGGUUGUUUAAAGACUGGAAAAAAUAUUACCUGCUGCUAUGAGUUCACAGUGGGUUUGUUAUGAUACGUGAUGUCAUAAUU